CGGUGGCGGAAGAGGAGACGAGUCCGGCCCGGCCCGGCAUGGAGAGCGGCCCGCUGCCCGGCAAGCCCCCUCUGAGGAGGCAGGGGAGGCGGCGGCGGCCCAGCGCUGCCGGGGCCGCUCCCGAGAGGCGCAGCGGCGGCGCGUCGCUCACCGAGACCCCCGGCGGGACCGAGCAGGCCGCGGCUGCUGUUGCCUCCUGCGGGCGGUACCCUCUGAGACGAGGAAGUUCGUUCACAUUUCUAACUCCUGGACCACAGUGGGAUUUUACUUUGAAGAGGAAGCGAAGAGAGAAAGAUGACGAUGUUGUUAGCCUUUGCAGCCUGGAUCUUAAGGAGCCCAGCAAUAAGCGUGUUCGACCUCUGGCUCGGGUCACCUCCUUGGCAAACCUGAUUUCUCCUGUAAGAAAUGGUGCAGUGCGUCGAUUUGGGCAGACAAUACAGUCCUUCUCCCUUCGCGGCGACAGCAAGUCUCCAGGUAGCACCCAGAAGUCCUGCAGUCGGUCUGCUGCCCCAACGCCUCCCAAAAGACGGAACAGCGUGCUGUGGUCCGAGACACUGGAUGUUAACAUGAAAGAGACACUCAGCGCCAAAGAGAUCAAGCGCCAGGAGGCGAUAUAUGAAAUGUCCCGGGGUGAGCAGGAUUUGAUCGAGGACCUGAAGCUUGCCAGAAAGGCCUACCACGACCCCAUGCUGAAACUGUCCAUUAUGUCCGAGGAAGAGCUCAACCACAUCUUCGGGGACUUGGAUUCCUAUAUCCCGUUGCACGAAGAUUUUUUGACAAGACUGGCUGAAGCAACAAGACCAGAUGGGACAGUGGAGCAAAUUGGACCCAUUCUGGUGAAGUGGCUACCAGGACUGCAUGCAUACAAAGCCUACUGCAGUAAUCAGCUGGCAGCGAAGGCCCUCCUAGACCAGAAGAAACAGGAUCGGAGAGUCCAGGAUUUUCUGCAGCGUUGCCUUGAGUCCCCCUUCAGCCGCAAGCUGGAUCUCUGGAGCUUUCUGGACAUCCCUCGGAGCCGUCUGGUGAAGUACCCCCUGCUCUUGAAAGAAAUCCUGAGGCACACACCGAACGACCACCCAGAUGUCCAGAUUCUGGAAGAAGCAGUCUCUAUAAUCCAAGGGGUCCUCUCUGACAUCAACUUGAAGAAAGGGGAGUCUGAAUGCCAGUACUAUAUCGACAAACUGGAAUACCUCGAUGACAAACAGAAAGACCCACGGAUCGAAGCCAGCAAGGUGCUACUUUGCCACGGAGAGCUGAAAAACAAGAACGGCCAUAAACUCUACGUCUUCCUCUUCCAAGACAUCUUGGUUCUAACUCGGCCUGUCACACGUAAUGAGCGCCAUUCUUACCAAGUGUACCGCCAGCCGAUUCCCGUUCAGGACCUGGUGUUGGAGGACUUGCAGGAUGGCGAUGUGAAAAUGGGGGGAUCGUUCCGUGGUGCAUUUGGCAAUUCUGAUAAAGCUAAGAACAUCUUCCGAGUGCGCUUCAGAGACCCCUCGCCUGGCCAGUCCCACACGCUUCAGGCCAACGACAUCUUCCACAAGCAGCAGUGGUUCAACUGCAUCCGCUCAGCUAUCGCGCCCUACCAGCCACCUGUCACGCCUUCAGAGCUCAAGGAGCUGCCGGAGCUCAGCGAGGAGGUGGAAGAGAACAAUCCAUCGGUGUCCAGUGCCAAAAUCCAGAGGCGGCAGUCCACGCUUUCUCACAUGGAGCUGGAUGAGAACGGUUUGGAAUGCAGCUCCGGGAUGGACACAAAUGAGGAACCCAAGAGCGCCAAACCCUCCCGGAUCCAUUCUGGGCUCCGGAGGACAAGGGAGAAGGCCCAGAUGAGCGGCAAGCGGAAAGAGACUCUGGUGUGAAGGAGCAGCAGCCCCCCGAAGCCUUUUCUCUCCUGUUUAUUUAUAAAUAAGAAAGUGUACAUUUUCUUUCCUGUAACGUGAGAGUGGCAGGGAUUACUCUUCUGAACGUUCGUUUUUGUUGUGGGUUUUUUGUGUGUGUGGGUAUAUAUGUUUUUUUCUUUUAUGGCAGCUACUGGUUCUCAGUAACCAUUGUUGAACUGGAGUCUGAUUCUGGUUUAAAAAAAUUAAGGAUUGUGAUUGGGGGAGGGGAGGGGGGGUCACAUCACAGUUGAAGACUCCAGAGUUCUUGAAAGUGUUAGGACAUUAUCUGGGGGGGGGGGGCAUUUUGGAGAAGGCUUUGGUAAUCACUGGACUCGACACUGAGAAAGUUCCACAUUUUUGAGGUUUGCUUUCCAAAGAAAUUACAGCAUCUUAAAAAUCUUAUAUUUUCCCUCACCGAAUCAACCUUGCAAAAUGACGGAUAUUUAAAACUGAGUAUUCUUUAGCUUCCAGUAUGAGGUAGUGCGACUCUAAUACAACAAUCCAAUUGAUCCGGAGCAGUCUAAUGAAAGCCAGUGAGAUUACUCUAGAGCAAGCGGCCUGUAUUUCUUAAGAAAAGACUCCCACGUUCAACAGUUUUUCUGUUUUACUGACUGGAAUUCUGUAUCUCCUUUUUUUAUUGUUUGUUUGUACAUUCCUGUGUGAAUUGACACUACCUGCCUGGUAUUUAAUCUUUUUUUUAUUAUUAUUAUUUGAAUAAGUUUGUGGAGAUUUGUUUUUGUACUUUGAUGUCAGUUUAUUUCUCAAUUUGGGAUGUUUUUUUUUCCUUUUAAGUACUCAAUGGUGUGUGUAUGCAAAUUUUGUCAUGUGUAUUUAAAAGCCAAUUCCAAACUUUACCAGGUGAAACAAAGCCAUAAACUCACGAGCCAGUCGAAAAUGGUGGAGCUGAGUUCCCACUGCACACCUGGUGUUGAGAGCCUGUACCUUUAAAAAAGGGCUAGUCUAGGGAGUCCAGUUAUGACCUCUCCCUCCUGUUAAAGGCACAGGAAAAGCCUGCUGGUUAGCAAGUGGCAGUUUUAACAGGUGGGCGGAUAACAGUCUCUUAACUAUUUGUAGCAUAUGGGGAUGACCACAGCAAGUCCGCUAGAGUGGCUUGUGCGCUCUGGACUACUGAAAAGGAACUGCAGUGGACAGCGCAGGAGGUUUUAGGAAUGUCACAGACAAGGUAGGCAGAAAGAAAUUAGGCCUUGGAGAGUACAAAGGGAUGAUGUUGUUGGUAAGGUCAUAAAAUGGCCUAUGCUGCGGGGAGCAAAAGAAAAGCACAGUGUAUGUUGUAAAGAAGGUUUGGGAAGAGGCGGGGGGGAGAGCAGGGGGAGAAGAAGAACGGUACAGUCUGUUUACUUGCAGUUUUUGUGAGGGGCCCAGUGUUCAGGUAAGGGCCAGUUCCCUCCUUGUAUUGCAAAAGAGCAGCAAGCGGCUCUGAGCUGUCCUAAUAACCCUCAAGCGCAACCAAAAAUUGGCCCAAGGGGAAGACUGCAAGCGAGAUGCUGGUUGGUGCGGUUCUGGAAGCAAAUGUAAAUAGACAAUAACCAAAGCAAAGUCAUUCUCUGUAAAUGUUUGUACAGUGUCAAUAUCAGCGUACAAUUAAACUUUCUGCAAAUGUU